AUGGACCAAGUCGCCAUCCUGACUUCCACAGCGGGACAGGGACCUGUACCUCCCCUCGAAGGUAAAACGUCUGCCAUUGACAAAGACACCAGACUACCCAAUGACCAAGAAAAGGUGGCUGUUGGAAAGCCCGACGAAUCGUUCUUACACGAUGAAAUUUCCGAAGAAGGUCAUAUAAUCAGAACAGGUCGGGAUGCCGCAGACCAUCUUUUGUCAAUCAGAGACGAUGAUGAUCCAUCUGUCACGUUCAGGAGUAUGGUCUUGGGUACGAUCAUGGCUUGCUUCCAAGCUUCCAUGACCCAAAUCUACUUAUUCAAACCCACCAAUGUGACAAUCAGUGGCUCUUUCAUUGUCCUGAUCCUAUAUUUCAUCGGCAACGGUUGGGCAGCACUGUUACCCCGAGGUGAUCACUUGGAAAAGAGGUGGCGAGACAAACAUGGUACUGGAUCCUUGCCGUUUUACGUUACAUUUGCCAAAUUCAUCAAUCCGUCCGCAUUCGGCUUGAAGGAACACUCCAUCGCGGCUAUCACUGCUUCUGCAGCUUCGAAUGGCGCCGCAAGUAUCUCAGUGUUUACAGUUCAAAACCUGUUCUACGAUGUCAAGUUGACAGCCACCACUGUCAUCCUCAGUACCUUGAGUAUAGGACUAUUCGGAUAUGGUCUGACAGGUAUCUUACGACCCGUCACCGUAUGGCACGUAGAAGCAGUUUAUUGGACCAACAUACCUACUGUCAAAUCGUUACAAGCCCUGCAUUGGGAUACUGUGAAAAAUUCAAAACCCCUUCGAGUAUUUUGGUACUGUUUUGGCGGGAUGUUCCUCUACGAGUUCUUCCCCGCGUACAUUUUUCCAUGGUUGAACUCGGUGUCAAUCCCUUGUUUGGCUUCGAUGAAUGCGACUGGGGACAAGGCGGCUAUCUUGACUAACUUGUUCGGUGGGUCGUUGAGUAACGAAGGUCUGGGAAUCCUCAAUAUCAGUUUCGACUGGCAAUAUAUCACUUCGGCAGCCACCUCCAUGCCUCUGAAACUACAAGGUAACUACCUGAUAGGUAUCAUCGCGUGCUGGAUCGCAUUCCUAGCGGUGUACUACAGUGACGCCUGGGGCGGUCGAAAUCUUCCAUUUCUGUCGACGUCUCUUCGAACUGCCGACGGUGGAAGAUACGUUUCGACCAAGGUCUUCGUGGAUGGGGUUCUUGAUAAGCAGAAGCUGGCCGAAUACGGUCUACCAAAAGUCACUUCCACUUAUGUUUGGGCCAUGAUCCUUGGUAAUGCAGCUAUUGGGGGGGUCAUCAUGCACUGUAUCAUUUUUUGGGGCAAAGAUAUUUGGACAGCGAUCAAGAACAGCCGCAAAGGUGUAUUCGAUGAUAGACACCACAGUGCCAUGGAAAAAUACAAAGAAGCGCCUUGGUAUUGGUAUCUUGCUAUUUUGGUGGUCGCCUUCAUCUUGGGCCUAGUUGUGGUCAUCAAAGAAGAUAUCACAUUAUCCGUCGGGUCUUAUGUCACUGCUUUGGUACUCGGGACCGUCAUAGCACCGUUCAGUACAAUCUUGUAUUCGAGAUUUGGAAAUGGUGUCGCGACCAACCAACUUAUGAAAAUGGUAGCGGGUCUCACAUCGCCUGGAAGACCCAUUGCAAAUCUUUAUUUCUCAGCUUGGUCUCAUUCAGUCAUCUCGCAGAGUUUGAAUUUGGCUUGUGAUCUUAAAAUGGGAGAAUAUCUCAAGGUUCCUCCUCGUGCCAUGUGGUUGACCCAAAUAUACGGAACCGUCUUAGGAGCUUUCAUCAACUACGUCGUCAUGAUUUCCGUUGUAAACUCCCAUCGAGAUUUGUUAAUCGAUUCGAACUCGGGUUCUUCAACUUGGUCUCCCGCUUAUUUUCAAAGUCUAAACACAUCAGCUACCACCUGGGCUCUUGCCGAUUACCUAUAUAACAAAAACGGACAAUAUUUCAUUGUACCACUAGGUCUCGCCAUUGGUGCUGCAGCAGUAAUUCUUCAUCGUAUAUUCGUUAUUUUCCUUCCUCAAAUAGGCAGAGUAUCAACCUCAGACCUGAACCUCCCUCAAUUCUUCGCCUACGCAGGAUACCUAGGAUUCAACCAAACUCAAUCAUGUGUCAUAUUCAGUAUCCUCUUUGCAGGCUUCUUCACUCAAUACUACUUGAGAAACUACCGACCGCACUUUUUCAAGAAUUACUCGUACCUUGUCACCGCCGCUUUUGACGGUGGGAGUCUGUUUGUCUUGUUUAUUCUAUCGUUUGCAGUGUUCGGUGCAGGCGGACCGAGUAAACCUUUUCCUACGUGGUGGGGCAAUCCGGAAGGGAAUGUGGAUCAUUGUCCGAAUCUUGAGUAG